CUUUGGUAGCCAUCGCUCCGGCCCUGACAGCCAGGCUGCUAGCAAAAGAUGAUCGGCGCGAGCAAGCUGGCGCACAUUGCCUGCGCUUUGCCGGCGUCACUAACCGGGCCAAGGCAUGAGCGAUGCUCCAGCUGGCAGCGCUAGACGGGCUGAGAAGCAGCGAGCCCCGACGCAGUAUCCGUUCUGGCUCGGCGGCGCAGCUGCAUCCAUGGCAGCAUGCCUUACACAUCCGCUCGACUUGACGAAAGUGCGGAUGCAAACGCUCGGCAAAGCAGGCAAACGACAGGGCAUGUUCGGUACACUCGCAGGCAGUAUACGUGAUGCAGGUAUCAGGAAAGGUGCUUACACCGGCCUGUCUGCAAGCCUGCUGCGACAGAUGACUUAUUCCCUGACUCGAUUCGGUGUCUAUGACUCAUUCAAAACCGCUCUCAGAGACAAGCAAGACGGUUCCCUGUCCGUCUGGAAACUAGCGCUAGCUGCAGGGGGAGCUGGCGGACUCGGCGGUCUGGCGGGUAACCCAGCAGAUGUGAUUCUUGUCCGGAUGAUUGGCGACGUGAACCGGCCGCCCGCGGAGCAAUUGCGCUAUCGCCAUUGCUUUGAUGGUCUCGCUCGCAUUGUCAAUACCGAAGGCGCCUUGACGCUCUUUCGUGGCUUGGGCCCAAAUGUGACGCGCGCCAUCCUCAUGAACGCCAGUCAGCUCGCGACCUAUGACACCUUCAAGGACUUCCUGCUCAGCUCCAAGCUCUACGAAGAAGGCCUCUGGCUUCACUUCAGCGCAAGUUUCUGUGCUGGCACCGUCGCUACUACCAUCUGCUCUCCGUUCGACGUAAUAAAGUCACGCAUCAUGAAUGCUUCCGGCAAAGAGACUGCCCUGGGCGUGGUGGCAAAGUCCUUCAAGGCGGAAGGGCCUGGCUGGGUAUUUCGAGGGUGGACACCGGCGUGGAUUAGACUCGGGCCAAACACCGUGGCCAUCUUCCUCAUCUUAGAGCAGCUGCGAGUGUUGGCUGAUUCGCUGCGCACACGGUAGAUCAUCGAUUGUAGACGACACAUGAGAGCAG